AGUCCGCCUCCCUCUGUGUGUUUCUCCAUCGCCACGGCGACCGGACAAGCCCAGCAUUCCGUUUCCAUGGCGACGGCCCGGGCAGCGUCUAGUUUCCAUGGUAACCUUGAUUGGCGGUUGACCGGAAUAGAAGUCUAGACCGGUCUCUGAAGUUACGGUUUUUAAAUCAGUGCAUCGGGUUAGUUUAGUUACCAUCCCAAAACAAGUUAAUACUACAUGUCAUACUAAAGCAGGUCGUUAAUCACCGCAGCGAUGAGCUUUCCUCACAACUCUUCUCACCAUUCGCCCAGACUGGAUUCUGUGAUUCAGAAGUUGGAGUUUUCUAUGCUCAACGCGGACGGCUGCCCUGAAGAGGUGAACUAUGGACGUGUACUCACUGGGGACAGUGUGGACACGCCCACGCCCACCGCCGUGUGUUCGCGCAUGCGCCAGAUCGUCACCCGCAGCCUGGCGGAGCCGCCACGUGGGGAGCCCUCUGAAGGGGGUCUGACACGGAGAGACCCCCGGUCCCAGCUGGAGGACUGGACCCCCAGUCCCACCUACCGGGACCCCCUUCAGCUGGAGCAGAUGCUUACCUCGCAGAGUGCUGCGGACUCAGACCAGGAGAGUUGUGGCGGGGAGCGGCAGCAGGCGAGGGCCGUGGAGCGGGCCUACCAGCUCAAGCUGCAGGCCUGCCAGGAGGGCCAGCAGAGGCAGGCCCAGCUGGUCCACAGGCUGCAGAACAAGGUGCUUCAGUACAAGAGGCGAUGUGGAGAUCUGGAGGAACAAGUUCUGGAGAAAACAUCAGAGUCUGAGAAGCUCAGGCUGUCUCUCCAGACCCACCUGGACUCCACCCAGCGUCUGCAGCGGGCGGAGCAGGACCUCCACGCCGCCGUCCAGUCCAAAGACCAGCAGCUGGGCGAGGAGCGCAAGAGGUGUGCCAGCCUCAGCCAGGUGAUCCUGCUCAGGGAACAGCUGGAGCGGGCCGCCGCGGCCAACCAGGACCUGAGCUCCACCAACCAGGAGCUGGCCUCCACCAACCAGGACCUGGCCUCCACCAACCAGGACCUGGCCCAGAGCCUGGAGAGGGCCCGCCACGACGCAGAGCUCAGCGGCUCCCGGCUCCGCCUGGAGCAGGAGACGUGUGUCUCCCAGCUGGGCCGCGAGCAGGCCCGCGUCAGGGCCCUGUGGCGCCAGUCGGCCUCCCUGAGGACCGCCUUCACCCAGCUCAGGGCCUUCACUGACAGGGCGCUGGCGGACAUGCGCGUGGACUGCGUGGCGACCGGCCGUCAGCUGAAGCAGUCCGUGGCCUCCCUGGGGGCCCGGGCCCUCCAGGACAGUGCCUCCAGUGGCGUGGAGCUGACGGCGCUGCAGGCGCAGCUCAGGGAGAAGCUGAGGGAAGCCAUGCAGCUCCAGGGCCGCUGGGACGCCGAGAAAGUAGAGCUCAACUCCAGGAUCGUGGAGCUGACGGACAUGGUGCAGCAGCGGCGCAGUGAGAGCAGUGAGAAGGACCGCAGCCUGGCCGCCCUGCAGCUCAGCCUGGACCGCAUGAAGUCCAGCAGGUCAGACGAGGGGGGUGAGAUGGAGGCCCUCCGCGCUGAGGUCACUGAGCUGCAGCACACUCUGCGCCAGGUUCAGCAGAUGGUGGGUGGUGAAGGUGACGGCAGUGAGUCAUCGUCUCCCCAGAAGACCGCCACCCUGAAGAGCCUGCAGAGAACCCUGAGCCGACACCAGACACUCUCCCAGGAGCUGCGGGGGCGUCUGGACGGAGCGCUGGAGCAGGUGGGGGUGCUGCGGGGGCAGCUGCAGGAGGAGCAGGCCGAGAGGAGGAGGCAGGAGCAGGAGAGCAGGAGCAGCCUGGAGGAGAGCCAGAGGGAGGGCAGACGCUGCUGCUCCUCACUGGAGCGGCUCACCAGGGAGAAGGUCGGUGUGGAGGAGGUGCUGCUGGCCGUAAAGCAGGAGCUGGAGGAGCUGAGGAGCUCGUCUCUGGAGCUCCAGAGUCAGAGAGACCGCUUGGAGAGACGGCUGGCCUACCAGCACACAGAGACCGAGAGAGGUGAGAGGAGCGUGGAGCAGUUGGAGGAGAAGCAGUCUGAGCUGCGCAGGGAGCUGGUGGGUCUGAAGGAGGUGCUGAGUCAGGUGACCCUGCAGAAGGAGGUGCUGGAGGAGGAGAAGACCAGCCUCUCUGUGGCCCUCACCAGGGCGGAGGUGCUGCAGGCGGACCAGGAGCUGUCUCUGGGCCGGCUCCAGAAGCAGGAAGCUGCUCUGAGGGACUCUCUGGCCAAGAUGGGUGCCCUGAGCGAGGGCCUGGCCAGCGACAAGGUGGAGCUGACCCGGCUGCUGCUGCAGGUGGAGGGGGAGAAGGCGGAGCUUGGCGAGCGCCGUCGGGAGGCGGAGUCUGAGCGCGCAGCCUCGCGGGGGGAGGGGGCCCGCCUGCAGCAGCAGCUGGGGGACCUGGGGGCCGAGAGGCGGGCCCUGGAGGCCUCCCAGGGCCUCCUGGGGGAGGAGGUGGGCGCGCUACAGAGGGAGAACGCCCAGCUCCUGGAGCAGCACGCGCAGGUCAGCCGGAGACUCCAGGGGGCGCUGGAGGAGCUGGCAGCCAGCCGGAGGGAGGCGGAGGACCAGGCCUGUGCCCUGAGGAGAGGCUGCGGCGAGCGGGAGGAGCAGGUCAAGACCAGGGCCGCCCUGGAGGUCCAGCUCAGCUCCACCGAGCGCAGGGCCUGGGGCCUCACCCAGGACCUGGCCGCCGUCAGGGCGGAGAAGGAGUCCCUGGCGGCCGCCCUGUUGGAGAGCCAGGAGCUGGCCUCCUCUCUGGAGGAGGAGCAGGAGGGGAUGGAGGAGGAGAGGCGUGGUCUGCUGCAAGCCAAGGAGGCCCUGUCGCGUGAGUGGGAGCGCAGCACCUCCUCCUCCUUCAAGGUCCCCUCCACCUCCCCGACCACAUCUGGGAGCCCCCCAUCCGGGGCCCCUGGCCCCCCUCCAGCCUGUCCCCUGGGACCCCGUGUGUUCCAGCUGGGAGCCCCCCAUCCGGGGCCCCUGGCCCCCCACCAGCCUGGCUCCUGGGACCCCGUGUGCUCCAGCUGGGAGCUCCGGCAGCAGCAGCAGCAGCUGUCCGGCACUCUGUCAGCUGAGCAGGGUGUCUGGUGUGUGGUGGUCACGGACCCCGGUCCCCCCGUGGUUCUGCCAGCCCGCCGUGAGGUGGGCCGGCUGCAGGCGGAGGCCCAGCGGCAGGCGGUGCAGGCGGGGGUGGAGAGGGAGGGCCUGGAGCAGCGGCUGGUGCAGGUGGAGCGGAGCCAGCAGCUGAGCCUGAGCAGCAGGGACCAGGCCCACCGGGAUCAGCUCCACGCCCAGCGGGCCCACGCGGAGCGGCAGCACGCGGCCCUCCAGGUGGCCGCGCUGCAGGCCCAGAGGGAGCACGGCGAGCUGGAGCAGCAGCGGCAGGCGGAGGAGCUGCGGGCGCGGGGCCAGGAGGUGCUGCAGCAGGAGGUCAGCCGACUGACGCAGGAGCACCAGCAGAGCCUGCUGACCGCCCAGAGCCAGAGCACACAGGCUCUGCUCCAGAAGGAGGGGGAGAAGGCGGUGCUGGUGGAGCGGCUGCAGGGGCUCCAGCAGGACCUGGUGUCCGCCGGCCUGGACCUGCAGCGCACCAGGAGAGAGGCCCAGAGCCGGCUGGACCAAGACAAGGACUCCCUGGCGCUGCUGCAUGGGGAGCUGCAGCAGCUACAGACGCGCCUCCUGGAGUCUCAGAGCAGUCAGGAGAACGAGAAGCUCACCCUGACGGAGCAGGUCAGAGAGCUGGGCCAGCAGAGGGGCCAGCUCCACCAGGAGGUGCAGGUGGUCCGCCGGGCGCUGCAGCAGGCGGAGGACCAGCGGGAGGCGGGGCGCGGCGAGCUGCAGGAGGCCCGCCGCCUGCACCGGGAGGCCCUCCAGGACCGGGACGAGCAGCGCCAGGAGGCCCAGGACACCAGGAGGCUCCUGGGGGACCAGAGGGAGGAGAGGGAGGCCCUCCACGCCUCCAACCAGGAGCUGAGGGCCGCCGUGAAGAGGGCCGAGAGCGACAACAGCAGUCUGCGGCGUGCGGGGGAGGAGGCGGAGCAGAGUGUGUGUGUGCUGGAGGAGGGCAGGAGGUCUCUUCAGGAGGAGGCCUCCACCCUGCGCUCCACCCUGAGGCAGCUGGAGAAGGCCCGCAUGCAGGUCCGCCGCGAGCUGCAGGAGCUGCGCCGACAGGUGAAGGUGCUGGAGGGGGAGGGCCGGCAGCAGAAGGAGGAGCUGCAGGAGGUGCACGGCCGGCUGUCCCGGGAGGAGCAGAAGGAGGAGGAGGCGCGGCGGGAGGCGUUCACUCUGAAGCAGAGGGUGGUGGAGUGCGAAGCGGGUAGAGAGGCGGCCCUGAAGGAGUGCGCUGGCUUCCAGCGGCGUGUCGGUGAGCUGGAGGCGGCGGAGCGGCAGGUCAGGGAGUCCCUCCAGGAGAAGGAGGCGGGGCUCCAGGACUCGGAGCGGCGGCGCCGGGAGGCGGGCCAGCAGCUGGAGCGCGCGGCGGAGGCGGCGGAGGCCCGGGCCCGGGAGCUGGCGCUGGGGGCCGGCCUGGCCGAGGGCCGCGCCCGGGGCCUGGAGGACCAGCUGGGCCUGGCCGAGGCCGCCCGGCGGGAGGCGGACCUGAGGCUGAGGGCCCUGUGGUCCGCGGUGCGCUGCGGCCUGGGCCUGGGGGGCCGGGCCGGGCCGGCCCGCAGCCAGGGGGCCCGCAGAGGACGGUCCCCCUCCCCGUGGAGGAGCUACCCUCCGGCCCCACCGUUUGUGUGUGUGUGUGUGUGUGUGUGUGUGUGUGUGUGUGUGUGUGUGUGUGUGUGUGUGUGUGUGUGUCUGUGUGUGUGUCUGUGUCUGUGUCUGUGUCUGUGUCUGUGUGUGUGUGUGUGUGUGUGUGUGUGUGUGUGUGUGUGUGUCUCAGGGGCAGAAGGGGUCCCAGACAGCCCGGGCUCCUCGUCGCCGGGCUCUGAGGACCAGGAGGUGGGCGUGGAGGGGGUACAGGGCGCCCUGCGAGCGCUCCACCAGGAGCUCCGGGACACCCAGAGAGACAGGGACGAGGCGACGUCCCAGACCUCCAGCCUGGGUGAGCGUCUGAAGGAGCUCCAGACCAGCCAGGAGAGGUCUGCUGCCCAGCUCCUGCAGCUCCAGGCAGCUCUGAAGGACUCCGUGGAGGGCAAGCGGGAGGCGUCUGACCAGCUGCUGCGGGUGCAGAGCUCCCUGUGCGUGCAGGAGGAGGCGUGGCGGCAGGCCCAGCAGGAGAAGAGGAGCCUGGGGGAGGAGCUGGUCAGGCUGAGGGUGGGCCUCCAGAAGGCCGAGGCCGAGGCCAGGAGCCUGCAGGUACAGGAGGGACCCCCCGGGACUGGGACCCCCCCCAGACAGACAGGGGGGAAACGUAACGUCCGGUCACCCCGCCCCCAGGAGCGGCUGCAGGCCUCUGAGGCGGCGGCGGCGGCCGGCCUCCAGCGGCAGCGGGAGGCCCGGGAGGGGGCGGUGGCCCGGGCCGCCCAGCUGGAGGCCGCCCAGCGCGGGGCGGAGGCGGAGCGGCAGCGGGCUGCGGGCCGCGGCGCCGAGCUGGACGGCCAGCUGGGGGCGCUGAGGGGCCGGCUGGCGGAGCGGGGGGAGGAGCUGGCCGCCAGCGAGGAGCGCGGCGCCGCCCUGGAGGAGCGGCUGGCGGCGGCGCUGGCCCGGGCGGAGCUGCAGGAGGCGGGGCUGAGGGAGGAGCUGCGGCGGGCGGAGGGCUCGUUGUCUAGCAACCGCAGGAGCGCCGGCGCCCUGCAGGAAGAGGCGGGGCAGCUGCAGCGGGCGCUGGCCGCCAGCCAGGAGGACCGCAGGGUGCUGCAGGAGCAGCUGGACGCCCUGCGGGACGGCCUCUCGGAGAGCCAGCGGCUGAACCAGGCGCUGACGGAGCGCGCUCACAGCCUGCAGACGGCCCUGGAGACGCAGCAGCUGGAGGCCGCGGAGCGGGAGAAGCAGAGCAGCGCGCUGAAGCAGGCGCUGAAGCGGCAGAAGGAGGCGGGGCUAGAGGCCCACAGCUCCGCCCAGCAGCUUCAGCAGGAGAGGGAGGGGCUCCUGGAGAGGCUGAGAGCCCUCCAGAUCACCGUGGCGACGCUGCAGACGGAGCGCGGCGAGCUGGAGCGGAGCGUCGCACGGCUGGGGAGGGACAAGGCCGCGCUGCGCAAGGCCCUGGAGAAGGCGGAGUUGCAGAGGCUAAGGAGCGAGGAAGAGGUGGUGCUGGGAGGCCAGGAGAAGGAGCGCUUGCUGGAGGCGCUGCGGGCCCUUGAGCGGGACCUGACGGAGAACCAGGUGGAGCUGCAGAGCCUGCAGGCGCGGUACUCUGAGCUUGGCCACGCCCAGUCCCAGCGCCUCCUGGAGGAGACGGCGCGCCACGCCCAGGAGAUGGAGGCGGAGACGGGCCGGCUGCGGGCCGCCGGGCUGCAGGCGGAGCGGGCCCUGGAGAGCCGGGAGAAGGCCCACCGCCAGCGGGUCAAGGGCCUGGAGGGCCAGGUUCUGACGCUGAAGGAACAGCUCGAUGAGGAUGUGAGGCGGCGCCAGGCACGGAGCCACAAGGUCCUGGGGUCCAGACACUGACCCGGCAGCAGGUCCUGGGGUCCAGACACUGACCCGGCAGCAGGUCCUGGGGUCCAAACCGGACAGUCAUCGUUUAUCCCACAAGGUGGGACUUAACACUUAUCCAGCACUAUGCUGGGGUCCACACCCCCAAGGUGCAAGAGUUCAAAUCCAGCUCUUAGCUUCAACCCUGCAAGGUUCUAGCUCUCUAACUCAACUCUAAUCAGAGCUGGGGUCGAAUCCACUAUGGAGCUGGGAUUCGACUCUUUCUCAGUCAAUACAAAAGAUGCUGAUUCAAACCCAACUCCUCACUGUGAUCCCAGAAGGGGCCAUGGGUUCCAACCAUAGAUAUGUAUAGAGCACUAGAUGGCUCGUCUGCGCUGCUGGCCAAUGGAGUCCAACGUCACAACUGGCGGCCAUCUUGCCACAGUCAGCCGCUCACCCAUAGCAUUGUGUUGGUAGUGGUACAUGUACUUUUUAAAUAACCAUAACUUGCUCAAUUUCAAACCGAUUUUCAAACGGUUUGGUUUAUUAUAAACGUCAGAGAUGAGGUUAUGACACUGCAUACUUAUGAAUAAUUAUGUUAGGUUCUAGAAAAAUAGAAUAAUGUUCUAAAAUAGGUACAAGAUUAUAACCAAGAAGAAGAAGAUGGCCGCCUGUGAUGACGUUCUAGACGCCGCCGUAAGACAUCUAGUGUUCUAUCUAAGCUUCCAUAAGUCAUCUUACAGGCUGCUGGGCCCUGAACCAAACUGAUAUGUUCUCAAAUAAGGUGCUGAAGUUCAAGCCCACACAUUCCUUGGGUCCGAACCUGACGUUGUUCCAACAAGGUGCUCGUGUCCAAAGGAACCCAGCUCUCAACUCGUUGGACCCCCUUUGUUCCCUCACAUAUUCAGAUACAGUUGACCAGGGUCCAUACUGUUCUCACAGCCUCUAAAACGGUUUCAGAUAAGAAAUAGAAAUAGAAAUACUGCAUUUUGGUGAUUUCCCCUUGUUUUAACCUAACACACACACACACACACACACACACACACACACACACACACACACACACACACACACACACACACACACACACACACACACACACACACACACACACACACACACACACACACACACACACGCACACACACGCACACACACACUGACACACACACA